GUUCGAUUCUUCUACUAGCCUGCUUUGCCGUGACCCUUAUCCUCAUCGUCCCAGGAGAAGGGCUUUUGCGCGUCAUCCUGGACUUCGAUCGAUGGGAAGUUAAUAACGGAUCAGCUUUCUUCAACAUGGAAAAGUUUCGCGUGCGAAAGUUUAACCGAACGCUGUCCGUGAUGAACGGUACCGGUGUGCUGCUGGUCGAUCUGGACGAUCGCUAUUCGUAUGGAGUGCAUUUUGCACGGAGCGCUCAAGGCAACAACCAGUUCAAUGCGUACCCGAUGAAGCUGGCAGCGAAACCGUUCUGCGAGUUUGUCAACGUGUACUAUCGCGAGUAUCAGCACCUGUUUCUGAAGUACACCAACCUACCGUUCGUACCACCGGAAGGGCUGUGUCCGUUCCCGAAGGGCACAUACUGGGCGAAGGAUGCACACUUCGACUCGUCCGUUAUUCCGGUGGUAGUGCCGGAGGGGCUUUGGCGAGCCACAACUGAUCUGGUCGAUACGGUAACUGGUGAGCUGGUGGCCCGUGGUUCAAUGUACGUUCGCUUAAGCAAGGAGCUGAUGUAAAUUCAUUAGAAAGGUGAAGAAAUCCUUCUCAAAGUGUUACAAUGGGGUAUAACAA